AUGGCUGCCUUGCAUUCGAAAGACAUCGGAGAAUUACGCCGAGUGAGGUUGGAGGUUGAAGAUUGACAGCGGCCUGGCGUAUGGAUAUGUUGACGAUCGCCCUCGAUAGUGGCUUACGCCGUUGCGCCGAGGUUGCUGCUGGGUUAUGGGUUAUGGACGGGAGGGCUGCGGCCAGCCACGGAAACCCAGUAUGUUGCAGUGAAUGUGAGGCAUUGUCCGCCCUCCCCUGCUCUCUCUCCACCCAGUCGUGCUUAUUUGGCUCGCCCAACGUGGCUCUGGUGCUCUGGCUGGUUCACGCUAAUCUGGCAUUUCCACAAUCGUCCGAAACACCAUGGCGAUAAUAGAACGACAAGUGACACCGAGUCCGCCGCACCAAUCAAGCUGAAAACACCAAAUACAAAGUUGAAGUGCCGGAGUCCAAUCCCGUCCACUAUCUCAGAAUAUUGGUCACUACGCAUGUGGGAGAGCAGCGUAUUCUCCAACAAAUCUUGGCCAUGAUCAGACAUGAUUCACACACGAUGACAUCACCGCCGCAGCCGUCGGCGUUAACGUGGCUCUCCCAAACCCGAAAUCACAACAUACUCUCUCCUAAACCUAGAGCAUUCUUGGAAGCAUCAGCUCUCAACGUUGGAGCGUGGCGUAAAAAGUGACGCGGAGGUUAGUGAAGUACUGGGCCACAGAGGCGCUCGCUCACUUCUAGUGCCAUUUAUUUCCCUUGUCCCUUGGAGCUAGAAUGACCAACAUUCACCCGCCAGGGAAUAGAAGUCUUGUACCGGGGGAUUGAUAUUGGCAGCCCUUGUUCGAUCUUUCUAUCAUUUUGGGCACAUGGACUCGGGGACUUUAGGAAGAACGACCUACGCGUCAUUGAUCUUCCUUCAAAAGAACCCGUAAGCGCAUCUCGACAUAUCGACUUCGGCCUCGCGGCAACAUCUAGAGACUCAUUUCGACUACUCAGCGGACGGUACUUGAUUCAUAUGCUGGCACCACAUCGAGACGGGCGUUUUCUGAUUGUUUUUUGUGUGAACAAGAUAUUUAACGAUGUCGGGCCCCAAAAAGCAACCGUCGAAUGAAUGGCUGGCCGACCGGCCCGACUCAAAUCAUCCCAACAUACCUUGUGGCUUUUUAUUGCUUCUUCUGAUCAACUUGCCCUUUUCAGGGUGCCACUAUUGGCUGACCACCCAUCCUUCGAUGCCUUCACGGUCAAGUCCUUGGUUCCGCAACUCAAUGCUAUGUACCUAUCUACGCAAGCCGCUGUAGAUCGGGAUGUGGAGUUGAAUGAGAGCUGCACUCAAGACACCGCAGUAUUGGCCGGCUGCUUCGCUUGGCUAUGUUGGUGGUAUCAAGAGCUUUCCGACCGGCAGAUCCCGCUGCAUUUUAGUACUCACCAGCCAAUAUCUCGGCCUCAUUCACAAUUCUUAAUCAGUCUAGCGGUUGCAAGGAUUGUAUCUUCCAAAAUAGCACGAACGAGGUCAUCGGUAACCCGCGGAGCCGUGCCAUCUGCUGUGCAUUGGCACUUGGCUGAUUCUCAAUUACACACACUCUCUGGUUCUUUUGCUGCUUUGGCAAAGCCAAGAACCUUCUUCGAUGGUGAAGAGAACCGUAGUAGCACGCCAAUUGCAUUUGUACUGGUCGUUUUGACAGUAACGGCAACAGCGACGAAAACAACACCCAUCCACUCUGCAAAUAUUUGA